UCCGGCGCGACGCCUUCCGCCCUCCGCGCGGUGUGUGUGUGCCGCCGCUGAACGAGUCUGGGAUGUCAAGAUGGCGGCCUCGGCGGUGUCGGUCUUCCCCGGCGUGCGGCUCCUGACCAUCGGCGACGCCAACGGCGAGAUCCAGCGGCACCAGGAGCAGCAGGCCCUGCGCCUCGAGGCCCGCACCGGCCCCGACGCCGCCUGCCUGGCCCUCUACAGCCAAGAUGACGUUUGCGUAUUCAAGUGUUCUGUAUCAAAGGAGACGGAGUGCAGUCGAGUCGGCAAGCAGUCCUUCAUUAUCACGCUGGGAUGUAAUAGUGUCCUUAUACAGUUUGCAACUCCAAGCGACUUCUGCUCUUUUUAUAAUAUCUUAAAAAACUGCCGGGGCCACAAUGUGGAGCAGUCUGUGUUCAGUGAGCGUACAGAGGAAUCGUCUGCCGUGCAGUACUUCCAGUUUUACGGCUACUUAUCCCAGCAACAAAAUAUGAUGCAGGAUUACGUCCGAACGGGCACCUACCAGCGAGCGAUCUUGCAGAACCACAGCGACUUUAAAGACAAAAUUGUAUUAGACGUCGGCUGCGGCUCUGGCAUCCUGUCCUUUUUUGCGGCUCAAGCCGGAGCAAGGAAAAUCUACGCAGUGGAAGCCAGCACGAUGGCUCAACAUGCAGAGGUUUUAGUGAAGAGCAACAGUCUCACCGACCGGAUCGUGGUCAUUCCUGGGAAGGUGGAAGAGGUCUCGCUUCCUGAACAGGUGGACAUCAUUAUCUCUGAGCCAAUGGGGUACAUGCUUUUCAACGAACGGAUGCUGGAGAGUUACCUGCACGCCAAGAAGUAUUUAAAGCCUAGCGGUAAUAUGUUUCCAACCAUUGGCGAUGUCCACCUGGCUCCCUUCACAGAUGAGCAGCUCUACAUGGAGCAGUUCACAAAGGCGAACUUCUGGUAUCAGCCAUCCUUUCAUGGUGUGGAUUUGUCAGCACUUCGAGGUGCAGCAGUAGAUGAAUAUUUCCGGCAGCCUGUUGUGGAUACCUUUGACAUCAGGAUCCUAAUGGCCAAAUCUGUUAAAUACACAGUGAACUUCUUAGACGCCAAAGAAGCGGAUUUGCACAGGAUAGAGAUCCCAUUCAAAUUCCACAUGCUGCAUUCGGGUCUGGUCCACGGGCUGGCUUUCUGGUUUGACGUAGCUUUCAUUGGUACAAUAAUGACCGUUUGGCUCUCGACCGCUCCCACGGAACCUCUGACGCAUUGGUACCAAGUGCGGUGCCUCUUUCAGUCUCCGCUCUUUGCUAAGGCUGGCGACACCCUCUCAGGGACGUGCCUUCUCAUCGCCAACAAGCGGCAGAGUUACGACAUCAGUAUUGUUGCUCAAGUGGACCAGACAGGCUCCAAGUCCAGCAACCUCCUCGAUCUGAAGAACCCAUUUUUCAGGUAUACAGGUACAACUCCUUCACCCCCGCCGGGAUCGCACUACACCUCUCCUUCGGAAAACAUGUGGAACACGGGUGGCACCUACAACAUGAGCACAGGGAUGGGCGUCGCUGGGAUGCCCACAGCCUAUGACCUCAGCAGCGUGAUCGCCGGCGGCACCAACGUUGGCCACAACAACCUUAUCCCUCUAGCAGCCAACACGGGGAUUGUCAACCAUACCCAUUCCCGGAUGGGAUCCAUCAUGAGCACAGGGAUUGUCCAAGGCUCAUCCAGCGGUCAAAGCGGAGGAACUUCGAGCUCCCACUAUCCCGUCAACAGUCAAUUCACCAUGGGGGGCCCGGCGAUUUCGAUGGCCUCGCCCAUGUCCAUCACCACCAACACAAUGCAUUACGGGAGCUAAGAGACCCUCAUAUCCCUGAUCUCUGAACUCACAGCACCAGGAAACCAAAUGAAGAAAACAAAAAGUUUAAUCUCCCCGCCCCUCUGCCUGCUGCACCUCAACAGUUUGGCAAUCACUUCUCUGGAUCUCUGUUCUCUCACCCACCUCCCAUUAGGCUUUGCCAGAGAUGUCCUUCCCCUUGUACGAUAGAAGACACCCCCCCCCCCCGCCCCCGUGGCCCUUUGAUAGUGGACUUGUACACUUUUUUAAAAUGAGACUCGGAAACUUCGACAUGCUCAACCAUGACUUUUGAGUCCCCCAUGCUCUCUGGGUCUUAGCGACCAGCCGUGUUGCUAACGGGAUGAGCCUUCGGUGCCCGACGGGGCUGCAGGCCCAGCUGAUAGGAGCAGAACUUCAGUAGGGCCUUCAGCAGUAUUCUGAGCAGCUCAGCCGUGGCCACUUGAGCCUUUAGCGUUGCGCCCGGCCUUGGGAAAGACACGGGCAGCAGCCAGCUGUAGAAGGCCCCGGUGAACAAGCGUCCAGCUGCCCGUCCUUGGUUUCUCACCCGCCCCAGCUUCUGGGCUAGUGUUUACUGCUUUAAUAAGACUUAGAAGGUGUCCCUCCCGUAGCAGGGGGAAAAGGCUCUCCCCAGUUGCAUAGGGAGGUUCUCACUGCCGUAGGUCUUGAGUCUUUGCGCGACACAAGCAUCUAGUCAGCAGGUCUGAUCAAUGUUUGUCUCCGGGGGAAACCUUGCUGUAGCAUCAAAAGGUUUAAAAGAAAAAAAAAAUUAAGAAGACAAAUGUACCAAAAAAAAAUGGUCACUGGCUGGAAGUGGAAUGGAUGGUGUCUCGAUUUCCUGUCGCUCAUCUGGAUGGGUUGCUCGGUGGUGGCCCCCCCCUCCCCCAUCAUCUGCUGUGUGCCCUCCAGGCUGUCCCGGCUGCUGCCUCUGGCUGCUCUCCCCUCACCUGAGCAGGCAGCGGGGACUGGGUAGCUCAUGGCUUAUGACGGCAUAGACUGAUUUUGCCCCCCCCCCCCCGCACUAGCCACCAAGGACUCUAGCAUAGAUUGUUCUGGCAUCUGUUAUGGAGAAGCCCCCUGCUCCUUUGUAGUCUUUGUAUGUGUCACCUGUAGCCCUUUACAGUAUUUCUUUUUCCCCCUCCCCUCUUCAAGAGCCACAAGCCGGCAUUUUUGAAAGGACUUGGCAGGGACCCCUUUUAUGGAGAGAGGGGGGGGGGAAAGGUGUGUUUUCCUUUGGCGGUUUCUUUUGCCUCCCAGCGUGGGCCUGCAGGGAUGAUUUGUGGGAGGGAGGGAGGGGGACGUUUACACAGGAUCUCCAUAAGUGGCUGGAUUGUGUGGGGGUCUGCGCAGAGCCAAUUGUGAAGUCUGGAUGAUCAAUGAUUUUGUGACUGUUAAAAUAAAACUGGGAGGGUUUU